CCUUACGCGCGCACUCGCGCAUGUGAAUCUCAUCCGCCGACUACCGAGUCCAAUCGAACCGUGUUCCCCAAGCCGUGCGAGUCUGCGACUGCGGGCUCGUGGGCCCGAACCAUGGGCCCAGACAGUGAGCUGUGGACUCAGGAGAUCCACGUCCAACUCUAUAUAAACCCCAAACCGCUCCUUCUCCUAUCGUUCGUUUUUGUGUUUAUAUAUAGCGAAGGCGUAAUAUAGCCCCCAACCAUCUCUUCCGAUUCUCUUGCGAAAACCUCUUCAGACAGCCAACGCUAUGUGCCCUUCCGGAAGAAGCCCACGGCCGGCGGCCUCAGCCGCGAAGCCAGAUUUCCGCCCGGCGUUCGACGUGCUCGACGCCGACCGUGACGGCAAGAUAAGCCGGGAAGAUCUCCUGACGUUCUACGCGGGAUACUCCGGCCCCGGUGCUGGCGACGAUGACAUCAUUGCGUCGAUGAUAUCCGUCGCCGACUCGAACAAGAACGGAUUUGUGGAGUACGAAGAGUUCGAGAGGGUCUUGGAUGGCCGGACCGGUCUGGAUCCGAUGAGUUGCGGCGGCGGCGGCGUGAUGGAGGACGCGUUCGGGAUGAUGGACAGAGACGGCGACGGUAAGGUGAGUCUGGAAGAUCUCAGGAGCUACAUGGAGUGGGCGGGGUUCGCGGCCUCCGACGACGAUAUAAGAGCUAUGAUUAAGCUUGGCGGUGGCGAUGAGCGCGACGGCGUCUCCUACGACGGUCUUAUGAAGAUAUUAGGCGCCGUCGAUCAUGUCGGCUAGCCAGUACUGUUUGAUCGCGCGAUGAUCAGAUAUGAGCAGAUUUUGAUUUCCUUUUGUGUUUUGUGUUUUUAAUUUACGCAAAAUCAAUGAAUGAAAUUAUGUGAGAUAUGGACGUUGUAGAUUGUCGCGGUCGAUGAGAGAAUCUCCGUCUCCAGACUACUACCAACCGCGUGUAAAAGCGCAAACAAGAAAUGGCGUCGUUUAUGUUUUUCGGUCA